UUUAUUCUCUCUUGUUAUAUAUAAUAUACGCUUGUCAAUAUGAAAGGAUAUGUUUAUAUCUUUUUACAUUCAUUACUUCUUACACAAUAUGUGUUCGCUUCACCAAAGUUUAAUCCUGUCAACGAUGUCGACAUUUAUGGUAAUAGGUGUCCUUUACCGUCUUACAAUGCAUAUCCAUGUCCGGUACUCUGCGUGCGUGAUAUUUCACUCUGUCCGCCUAGUAGUAGACCACCCGCUUGUCCUACAGGCACGGUGUACUGCGUCGACGGCAGCUGUCGUGAAAGUUGUCCGGACUCGCUUGUCUCCGCAUGCGCCUGCCCUGGAGCCCCUGCAUUGGUCGGCAAAGUGUAUUCUUGUGGCUCCCACCUGCUUCAAGUCAAUAUUGAAAAUUUUGUUGUGGAGAAUAAAACUAAUCAAAGUGCUGUGGCAUGUGCAAAGGCAGCCAAUAUAUCAGACGUACCAACAUGGACAAGUAAUCCAAGGACAGCCAUGUGGCAUGAAUGUCCUACACCAGACUACGGGCAAUUGACAUUCACUGAAAAUGUAUUUAUCGCUUUAUAUGUAUUUUAUGGUGCCUGUUUCUCUACUAUCAUAGCAUGGACUGUUUAUAAGAAGACUGUAGAAAGCUUGUCAAAAGCUUCGUAUAUGAAGACUAAACAGACAAAAACUGAUCGCUAUAUACUGGACGAAAAGGAUAAGGGUGACAUAAGCCUAGACUACAGCGAUGAAUCGACUAUCGAAGAAGAGGAAGGUACUACCAUUCUUGCCUACAAAGCUUCUUGGUUGGGUACCUUUAUGCUUGCUUUGUUUUGCCUUGAGACAGUCGGUCAUAUAGGAUAUAUGAUAAUGGUAACACAAGAUUAUUAUACAAGCUAUUCGGCCUUUCGCGGCAAUUCGGUUGUAGCCACGAGUACCUUCAUGGGCAUGUGGUAUGUCUUAUUCGGCUGGUUCGCUAGUCUGACAGUCUUUAGACAUCGCCUGCUCAACUUUUUCAGAAUCCGAUGCAGUUACAAAGAAGGGCAACAUGUUCAAGUCGAAAGAAAGGAAUCAGCAAUGAUAUUCUUACAAGAUCAAUCCAAUGCCAUCAUGAGCUCAAUAAGAUCAUUAGAACAUUUUGCAAAACGUUUGGUUGGACUUGAUGUUAUUGUCUCAAACGCACCCAUUCGAUAUACAUCAAGCGGAACAAAGUACUUUAUUUACCAAUGUACUAGAUAUGUCUACAAUCCAAGCAUUGAUAUGUUCACACCUCAUCAAUUUCAUCUUGGCGAUACACAUGCUGAACUUGCUUUACUCACACAAGGUUUAACUAGCCAGGAGGCUAUGCUUAGAGAAGAGCUGAUCGGUCCUAACUUUAUUCAGGUGUAUGUUCCCAACUUUUUUAUGGCCAUGUUUCGAGAGUUUUCGUCAUUCUUUUAUAUUUACCAAUUCACUGUACUUUGGUUAUUUUACUAUUUGGAUUACUGGCAGGUUGGUAUUGCGGACACAGCUGUCAUCUUGUUAUCAGCUCUCGUCAAAGUCAUUGUUCGUCUCAGAUCCGAAAAACGCAUCAAGUCAAUGGCUGAAUUCACAGAUCAGGUGCACAUAUUGAGAGACGGAGAGUGGCAACUGAAAUCAACGGCAGACCUUUUGCCAGGCGAUGUGUUUGAAGUUGUCGAAGGAAAAACAACUCCUUGUGAUGCAGUUGUCUUGUCCGGCAAUAUUGUAGCUGAUGAAAGCUCGCUUACAGGCGAACCUUUACCGAUCCGCAAGUUCCCCUUGCGUUCAGAUGAUACGACGGCCUAUGACCGUUUGGGCACUAGCAAGAUAUCAACCAUAUUUGCAGGAACAAUCAUCAGUCAAGCACAGGCAACGGAUGGAAGAGUGAAGGCAUUGGCAUUAAGCACAGGAACUGCGACAGAUAAAGGACAAUUGAUCAAAAAAAUCCUUUUCCCAACACGAGUCUCUUUUAUCUUUGAUGAGCAAAUCAAGAUUGUCAUCUUAAUUCUGCUCUGUUGUGGUCUAAUAUGCUUAGGUCUGGCUGUUUGGCUGGUUAGCUCAGGAACAACCGCGUGGUUUUAUUCAAUGUUUGCUAUUGCACAGUUAGUGUCUCCUCUUCUUCCAGCUGCUUUGGUCGUUGGUCAAUCUGUAGCUGCUGGUAGAUUAAGAGAAAAGAGCAUAUUCUGUGUUGAUUUACCUCGCAUAUUGAUGGCAGGAAAAGUUCAACUCUUUUGCUUUGAUAAAACAGGCACGUUAACAAAGGAAGGCCUGGAAUUUUAUGGUGCUCAGCCAACGACAGAAGUUAAUGGCGAUAUAAACUUUGAUCAACGUCAGGAUAAUGUGGAUAAUGUACCUCGUCUCAUGCAACUUGGACUUGCUACUUGCCAUGCGGUUACGAUAUUGAACAACAGACUCAUAGGAAAUCCUGUCGACAUAGAAAUGUUUCAAGCUUCCAAGUGGACUUUGGGCCAAGGAUCAAAAUUUGUAGACACCCUUAUUUCUCCUAAAGGCGAGCAAAUACAUGUUCUAAAGCGUUAUGAAUUUGUUCAUGCACGUAUGUCCAUGUCGGUUGCCAUUUUGGAUCCAUCCACAAAUAAAGUACACAUCUUUAUUAAGGGGGCCUAUGAAAAGAUCAAAGACGUAGCCAAUCCUCAUUCCAUACCAUCUGAUUACGACCUUGUAACCGCAAAUCAGGCAAGAGAAGGAUGUUACGUAUUAGCACUGGCCCACCGUGAAGUCGAUUAUGAUAAAGUAGAUAUAAGCAACUGGACCCGUGACGAUAUGGAAAAGGACAUCGAGUUCAUGGGACUGAUUGUUUUCAAGAACCAGCUAAAAGAAGAUACAGCCAAGAAUAUUGCUGAGCUUAAGCGAGGCGAUACUCGUACAAUUAUGAUUACAGGAGACACUGCGCUUACUGGUAUUUAUAUUGCUCGUCAGUGUGGUAUGGCGUUACAUGGCUCCCGUUUUCUCUUGGGUGACUAUGAUUCACAAUUGAAACGUGUUGUUUGGACGGACGUGGAUGAACCCGAAACAUUCCCCGAUGUUAAUGUAGAUGCACCAACUGAAAAGACAGUUGAAUUAGCUGUGACAGGAAGGGCAUUCCAAUGGCUCGUGGAGCAUAAUUUGAUUCGAAAGUACUUGUUAAAUAUUCGAGUGUUUGCUCGAAUGACUCCCUCAGGAAAAGUACAGUGUGUACAAUUGCACAUGGAACGCGGUAUAACUGCCAUGACUGGUGACGGAGGUAAUGAUUGUGGUGCCCUUCGUGCUGCCCAUGUAGGCAUUGCCAUGUCAGAUGCUGAAGCAUCCAUUGUGUCUCCGUUUAGUACUAGUAAUCGUAGUGUGGCAUCAUGUGUUGAACUGCUUCGAGAAGGUAGAGCUGCCCUCGCCACAUCAUUAACAGGCUAUAAAUAUCUCAUAUUAUAUGGACAAGUCAUGAUGAUGCUCAAGAUAUUCACAUUCUACUUUUCUGUUUCCAUGUCAGCCAAUAUUUGGAUCGCUGUCGAUAUCUUCAUUACCGUUUUCCUGACAUGGGCCGUAUCACAAUCGAAGGCAGCCGAUCAGUUAGCACCUCAGCGUCCAACAGCGCAAAUACUAGGUCCUCAAACACUUGCAUCUGGCAUUGGGUUAGUUGCUAUUAACUGGAUUUAUCUAAGUUGUGCUUAUGUUUUACUAUUCAAGCAAGAGUUCUUCCGUUGCAAUGAAUUUGAUUCAAGAGCUGUUGACAUGUCCAAAUGGAUGCUCCUGUCAGAUAAUUAUGAAGGAGAGAUAUUGGCACUUGUGUGCCUUUUCCAGUUUAUCAAUAAUGCAGCAGUGUUUAACUUUGGAUACAAAUUUAGACAAAGCUUUUACAAGAACUACACCCUUGUCACCCUUUGGCUUUUAUACCUCAUCAUAGCUUCUUAUUGGCUUUUGGCAGACCCUAACCCAUUUGGCUGCUUAUUCCGUUUCAAUUGUGGUACACCACAGGUGCUACAACAAAUCGGAUACACACCUCCUUCCAUAUCCAUUACACCUUAUAACACACCAUUAGGACACAAUGUGAUGCCUCGUGAGUUCAGAUGGAAACUCUGGGGGCUCAUCAUGGGAAACUUGCUUACUGCGUUAGUAUAUGAAAAGUUUGUAGUUUUAGGCCCUGUACACGACUUUCUUGCGAAAACGCUCCCCAUAAAACGAUUGAAGAAGACAUUAUAAAGUAUAUGUAUGGUUGUACGUUAUUGAUACAUAUAAUAUUUAAUAAAUAGAAAUAAAAUGAAUGGAUAUAUAAUAAAGAAUAAUAGGCUCAUAGACAACUUAAUCAUAC